UUUGUAUUUGAUGCACUCUGUGGUAUAAAACUCCUCGAGGACUCUAGUGUUUUCCAGAUCUUCUCAGAUGCUGUAUCUGCCCACCUGUACAGCAGACGAAAUGAGCAAGGACGCGCCUGCUGACCGUGGUUUUAUGGUCGCCAUCAUUUUCUUCAUCCUGGGUUUGGGAACGCUGCUGCCGUGGAACUUUUUCAUGACUGCCUCAAUGUAUUUCAAUAAGAGACUCAACACGUCUGAAUCCAGGAACGGAACGAUAACAUCCGGAAAAGAGUAUUAUUUCAAUAACUGGAUGACUCUGCUUUCCCAGCUGCCUUUGCUGCUGUUCACGCUGCUCAACUCUAUUCUCUAUCCGCGGAUCUCAGAGAGGAUGAGGAUUGGAGGAAGUCUAGUCUUCAUCUUCCUGCUCUUCUUUCUCACUGCUGUCCUGGUGAUGAUCCCAAUGGAGGAGGACCGGUUCUUCUCCAUCACCAUGGCGACCAUCUGGUUCAUCAACUCGUUCGGCGCCGUGCUGCAGGGCAGUCUGUUUGGUUUGGUGGGUUUGUUACCGCAGAAAUACAGCGCCGUCUUCAUGAGCGGACAGGGACUCGCAGGAACAUUCGCUGCUCUCGCCAUGAUCCUUGCCAUCGCAAGUGAAGCUAAAAGUGACUCUGCAGCUCUGGGUUAUUUCAUCACUCCGUGUGUGGGGACUUUAAUCACACUCUUCAGUUACAUGAUGCUUCCCAAACUGGAGUUUGCAAGAUUUUACCUGGAAAACAAAGGCAAGAGCUACGAGUUGGAGACGUCCAGAGAGCUGCUGCCCACAGAUGAUGAUGCUGUGCCUCCAGAUGAUGCUGAAGUCUCUGAUAAGACGAGUGAACCGCUGAACGGCUCUGUGGUCAACGGGACUCCCGGUAAUGGCAUUAACAGUGUGAGUGAAGAGGAUUCUGGGAAACAGGCCUUCAUCACGCUGGCUACAGACAACACGUCCACGCGGAAGAGCUCCGUCUUCGAGGUCUUUAAGAAGAUCUGGGUGAUGGCCUUCUGCGUGACCUUCGUCUUCAUCGUUACGCUCUCAGUUUUUCCUGCUGUCACUGUGGACGUGAAAACCGCUUAUAGAGGAAAAUGGGAACAAUUCUUCAUCCAUGUCCAGCGAUACUUUGUGUGUUUGUCUAUGACCUACGCACCACAGCUUGUGGAGCCUAAAGACGCAGAGACUGCCGGAGCACUGAUGACCUUCUUCCUGGCUCUGGGUUUGUCUUUAGGAGCAGCGUUUUCAUUCCCGCUGCGUUUACUGGUCUGACACACACAAAUGGA